AUGAGUGUCGCUUUGGGCGCUCCCUGGGUGGAGAAGUAUCGCCCGGAGUCGUUCGACGACAUCAUUUCUCACGAAGACAUCAUCUCUACCCUGAUGAUCUUCACUGAGAAGGGGCAGUUGCCGCACCUGUUAUUUCACGGCCCACCAGGCACUGGUAAGACGUCUACGAUAUUGGCGGUGUCGCGGUUCCUCUACGGGUCACACCGCAACUCGUACGUGAUGGAACUGAACGCGUCCGACGAGAGAGGCAUAGAGACCGUCAGGGAGCAGAUAAAGACUUUCUCCGAAACGUCUAACUCCUUUUCGAGCGGCGUCGUGGGCUCGGAGUCCGGCCCGCGCACCAACCUCAAGCUGAUCAUUUUGGACGAAGCCGACCAGAUGACGAAUGCGGCGCAGAAUUCUCUGCGCCGCAUUAUGGAGAUUUACUCGUCGAACGUGCGGUUCUGCCUGAUUUGCAACUUCAUGAACAAGAUCAUUGCUCCCAUCCAGUCACGUUGCACCGGGUUCCGCUUCCCCCCUCUCAAGGCCGAGGUGGUGAAGCGCCGCACCGCCGAAAUUGCGAAAUUAGAGGGCCUGAACGUAUCAGAUUGCGCGUUGGACACGUUGGCCGAGGUUGGCCAGGGCGACAUGCGUCGCGUUCUGAACUGUCUGCAGGUCACUGCCAUGUCCCUCGGUUCCACCCCCGACAAGGUGAUAGACAGCGAUGCGGUGCUGGCAACGGCUGGUCUGCCUAAGCUGUCUGAGGUUAACGUUCUGCUACAGCGGCUGAUGCAGGACCCCUUCAAGGCAUGUGUGGAGCACGUCACCUCCCUGCACCAGGCCCAGGGCUACUCCGUGGAGGACAUUGUCAUGGCCCUCUACCGCGCCAUUCUGCGCAUCGACUGGCCUAACGUGGUCGUGGUCCAGCUGCUCAUUCGCCUGGCAGAUAUCGAACAGCGCAUGUCUGCGGGCGCCAGUCCGUACAUCCAGAUCGCAUCGCUCGUGAGCGCAUUCACCGAAGCUCGCUUCGAGAUUGAGCGCCUCAAGUUCGACCUAAACUUUAACUAA